AUGGAGAGACACGGCAUGAGCGCACGGCUACCGGCCAUGCUGCUGGCAAUGCUUCUGCUGCUGGCGAUCGAGCUCGCCUCCUUCGGCUGCUGCGGCCACAGGAUUCCCCGAGCGGACGUGGCGGCGUGGAGGCACGGGCGGGUGGCGUUGGUGGCGGCGGCGACGACGACGACGAUGGCAAGCGCGCGCGCUACGCCCCCCUCCCCCACGGCAGCCCGGGACGCCGAGGCGGUGCUCGGCGAGUCCAAGAGGCUGGUGCCGCAGGGCUCCAACCCGCUGCACAACUAG